AUGUCAGAGCAAAGGCAACGUUCCCUGUCCACCUCAGGAGAGGCCCUCUAUCUGGUCCUGGGCCUCGACAAGACCUGUACACCAGAUGACAUCAAGAAGUCCUACAGAAAACUUGCUUUGAAAUAUCAUCCAGACAAGAACCCAGAGAACCCGAACGCCACAGAUAAAUUCAAGGAGCUCAACAAUGCCCACUCCGUGCUGUCAGAUGCCUCCAAGAGGAACAUCUACGACAGCUAUGGCUCCCUCGGUCUGUACGUGGCACAGCAGUUUGGAGAGGAGAACGUCAAUGCUUAUUUCAUGCUCUCCAGUUGGUGGGCAAAGGGUCUGUUUGCGGUCUGCGGCGUGCUAACAGGCUGCUACUUCUGCUGCUGCCUGUGCUGCUGUUUCAACUGCUGCUGUGGGAAGUGUAAACCCAAAACUCCUGGAGAGGAGGACCCCGACACCUACGUGUCCCCUGAAGACCUGGAGGAGCAGAUCCGCACAGACAUGGAGACAGACGCUGACGACGUCCCCAUAAUACAGCAGCCAACCAAUGCAAGCGAGAGGACCGGGUUGAUUGGUGACGGACGACGGGCCUAUACCUAACACAACUGAGAAGAAAGAUCGGAGGACUGGUGAUGUCAUAGGGAUUCCAGAACUGGCUUUAAAUACGUGUAUUUGAGUAUUUGUUAUUUGAAUACUUAUUUUCAAUGUAUUUUAGUAUUUUCAAAUAAUGUGGCCCGAAUCAACUACAACUAAGUAUUUGAAAGUGUUUUCAAAUAAUUUCCUAUAAAUAGCCUACUAUUUAACUUGUUUCAAAAACAAUUUUCAAAUACCUGGGUUAAACGCAUGGGAGUGUAUUUCAGUCAUUUUAUUUCAGUAUUUUCAAAUACAUUACAAUAUUCAACUACUUGUCUUUUCAAAUAAGACAUAUCUACUUACUUCCAAAUGUAUUUGAAAGUAAUUUAAACACCCUAAAUAGUAUUUGAACCCAGGUCUGAGGGGAUUCAUUCCUUGACCUGGUAGAUCCCAAAAGGGUUCCAAUUACAUUCCACCCCUUGACUACACUUUGUAAAUUCUGAAUGAGUGUUAGUUUGUGUGCAUUGUGUUUUGUGUUUGUUUGUUAUUUAUUCUGAACAAAAUACAAAGUAUCCCUAGAAUUGUGCAUUUAAAAGUGUGGCUGUGAAAGAAUUGAGAGAUGUCAGUAUUUUGUCAUGUGAGCAAUAAA